AUGUCGUCCCUUCAGGAAUCUGGAAAGGACAAAUCUUCAUCAUCUUCUGCUUCAACUCAUCCUACCACAACGACGACAUCAUCUUCCUCAAAAACCAACAUAUCCUCCCUUCCAUUCUCCACGCCAACUACGCAACAACAGCAGCAGCAGUCUUCGUUGCUCUCUUCGCCCACAUACUUCACAAACCAGCGUCAAGGCCCCGACGCAGCCCGACGCACGCUUGAAGCCCGUACCGCUUUCACUGCCUCUCUACACUCAGUCGGCCAGACGGUCUCGUCUGACCUUCGUGCCCGCGCCGCAGAUCUACAUGGCAACGCGGCAGCAAUUCAGAAACAGGAGAAUGACCUUACCAAACAUACAGCGGACUUGGCUAAGCAGAAUGACCAAUGGGACAGAGUGGUCGACACUGCCCGCCAAGGCCUGAAGGAGAUAGGCGAUGUGCAAAACUGGGCCGAGAUGAUUGAGAGGGAUCUACUAGUCGUUGAAGAAGUUCUUAGAUUAGUUGAGGGUGGGAAAGAUGAUGGGGAGGAGGAAGAUGUUGGAGGAGACGGAGGAGGGACAGAACAGGAGGGACAGAACCAGCAAGACCAUCUCCUGGAGCAAGAGGAGGAUGAAGGAAACUCGACUGAAAGAGAGAACGGAACUAGGAAUAAAAAGCCCGUCGAUAUAAUUGACGAUAUAUCUUCUGCGGCAUCCGGUAUGACAGGAACGUCAGCUACGUCAGGCACGAUAUCGGAAUCUUCGGGGAAGAAUAAUUCACCGGUGGAGGAAGGUAGUGAACAGCAGCAGCUGGUCAAGGCAGGCGAAGAGAAUGGCAAGAAGGCCUCUAGUGGAUGGUGGAAAUGGUGGUGGUAA